AUGCUGGGAGGCUUGGGGAAGCUGGCGGCUGAGGGCUUGGCCCACCGCACUGAGAAAGCCACUGAGGGAGCAGUUCAUGCAGUGGAGGAGGUGGUGAAGGAGGUGGUGGACAGCGUCAAGGAGGCUGGAGAGAAGGCCAUUAACGAUACCCUGAAGAAAACCCAAGAGUCAGGGGGCAGAAUGGUGAAGGAGAUGAGUGAGAAGGUGACCCACACUGUUACCGAUGCUGUUAACCAUGCCAUAGAAGGCCUGGGUAAUCUGGGGCAGUGA